AUGGGUGUAUCAUAUCCUGAAAAUCAGCUCAAGGAAGAUGGCUCUGAUGUCGUCGUUCCAUCAGCCUCAUCAAUACGUGGCACAUUCGAGCGGUUAUGGGAACUGAUUCCUGGGGCCCGCAGCAAGAAUACAACAUCCGAAGCGACGAGUUGUCACCUUCCCGAGACAACAUCUAACAGACGGCGAGCGUCAGUCGCGGAACAUUCCCUCGAGAGAGACGAACACCUUACCGAACACCUACCUAAAGUUCUCAGUCGACACGAUGACCAAAGCGAACCGUAUCCUCCGCAGGAAACUGUCCUAUACCUAGCCUAUGGCUCAAAUCUGGCUUCGAAGACGUUCCUGGGGAUGCGAGGCAUUAAACCCCUCUCUCAGAUCAACGUCAUCGUGCCUGAAUUACGGUUAACCUUCGAUCUCCCUGGACUACCGUACCUCGAGCCUUGCUUCGCAGCGAGUCAAUUCCGCGACGCCUCAUGCAAGGGAACGGAUACAGCCGAUAUCACAGAUAGUGAUUUGGAAGGCGAUCUAACAUCGGAAAAGACGGUGCUCAUUUCACAACGAGAGCAUGAUUAUCUACCCGAUGAUCCUCUCGUCGGUGUUGUGUACGAGGUCACUCUUACCGACUACGCUCGCAUAAUAGCGACAGAAGGAGGCGGGAAUGGAUACAAGGACAUCGUUAUAGACUGCUAUCCAUUCGCUGAAUCUUACGACCCAACCGAGCCUAUUCCUGACUGUCCAGAAUCGAAACCGUUCAAGGCACAUACCCUUCUCGCUCCUGUCACGAGCCUAGACGAGAUAUCCCGGCGCGCUUAUGCACAGCGAACACAUUCAUUCGUCCCGCGAUCUGGGCCCGCUGUGCGGAAGCCUGGCUACUCUCAGCCAUCCGCUCGCUACCUUAAUUUGAUCCUCACAGGGGCAGCCGAGCAUAAUCUCCCUGUCUCUUAUCGAACGCAUCUCUCUCGAGUACCAACAUAUCGUAUUACAACUGUUCGUCAAAAGAUAGGCAAGUCGAUAUUUUUAGUAACGUGGGGUCCACUUAUGCUCCUGAUGCUCAGACUCUCAAGGAUUCUUGCCGGUCCGGAUGGUCGCAGUCCGCAUUGGUUGAUGAAGCUGUCGGAUAUCAUAAUAACCGCAAUGUGGGGUUCUUACGAAACCAUAUUUCGUCCGCUUUUUGGAGAUGGUGAACGAACUCUAGAAUAG